UUAGGUAAACUAAGAGUUGCCAUCUGAUAAAUAAUCUUUUAUCAGCUGUACCAGGUAUGCACUGAUAAAUAAUCUCUUAUCAGCUGUACCAGGUAUGCACUGGAAAGCUGCAAUUAACUAUCAUGGCGUAAAAUUUUGACUGACCUAUGUUUCCGCUCUGGAAUGUAAAGUUCUUUUCGAUCAAACCUUCAGAGCAGAAACACCUGUCCAAAUUAACCUGCCAGAUAUAUUCCGCCAACCCAUUCCCGCGGAAUUAUAAGAAGGAAGAAAGGAAAUUAGGAACCCUUUGGAGUUACUGGCCUUAUCUAGGAGAACCCACCUCCACGUGGAUCAUCCAUCGGCCCGGCAUCCAGGCAGAGCAAGCCCUAAGCCGGCCCAGCGAUCCGCAAGUGUCCCGCGGAGCGCUUCAUUCAUCCCCUCGAGGGAUCGACAACUCCGCGGGCCAGCAAUUUUUUUUGGAUGUGAAAGUGGCAAAAAAGCCCUGUGACAAAUGUGAAAUUUAACCUAAAAGCCCCAAUAAAACCAUGUG